CUGCAGGAUAUAAAGCCUGAACUCUGCAAGGAAAAGGCAGAGCAAGAGAGAGAAGCAGCUCCUUCACUCUGAGAAAGCAGCCAGCUACUCCCACAAGAGGCAGAAUGAAAUCCUUCCUCCUCACCAUAGCUGCUGUACAGAUCCUCCACUGCUCAGGAGUACCAAACCCUGAGGACGCUCUCCGAGCAGCAGUUAUGAAGCUGAACGAAAUAAGUGAGAUCAGUCAUCUUUGCCGCACAAUCAGCAGCACAGUGACGGAUCUUUCUCCCACAGGAAAGUUCUCCUACAACGUGGACUUAGCAUUUUCUGUCAAAGAAACCGUCUGCUCCAAAAAUUCUGGGCUUGAGUUCGAUGAUUCCAGCUGCAGUUUCCGGCCUGUAAAGAUCGCGGAGACAGCUUCCUGCAGGAGUCGAGUGAAGUACUUAGCGGGCGAGGUGUUGGACGUUGAUGUGGAAUGUCACGGCUUCAAAAGGGCCAAGGACAGCGGCGACUUGCCGGAGAAGCUGAGGAACGACCGGGAAGCGUUCCGAGGAGCGAAAGAUCAAAGAGAUGUUACUCAAGGAGGGAAAGUUCAUGGCAAACCCACCAAAGUGGGAAAAGGUCACAGGAAACAUCCGGAAAGGUUCACCAUUCACGGCCGGUCGUCGGAAUUGAUCAACAGCAGUGAAGAGGCACAUAUGACCUCGGAAGAGUCAUCAGUGGAGAGGUCUUUAAAGGAACACAAUGAUGAUUCAAGAGGCCGACACUAACCAUGAAUGAAACUUCUGAAAGACCGAGCUUGGUGUGAACACAAGAAAACCUCAUUCUGAUUCAAGAAGACAUGAUCAAUUGUACUUUACUUGAUCAUAUAUAAGGGCAGCAUGUAAUGACAAUAAAUGAUCUCUGUACUUUGUA